AUGAGCUACCAGAGGCCGGCUUACGAGGUCCGACAGGGCGAUCACAGCUCUUACCAGAUGGAAGAGCGGCAUCCAGCAUACUCUGAGGCUCACUCUCGUCCUAGCGAUGCGACAGCGCUCAAGGGGGAUUACAGCGACCCCGUCAGUCCUGAUCGAGCCGUCACCACUCCUUCUCCUCCGCCGACUGCCGCUCCUCUCAACCCUGCACCGGCGUCUGCUGCACCCGCUGGUCCAACCUUUCCGGAUGGAGGCUUGGACGCUUGGUUGACCGUCUUGGGUGGCUUCCUCACCUUCUUUGCUGGUCUCGGUUUCAUCUCCUCCUACGCUGUAUUCCAAGCAUACUACGCGCAGAAUCAGCUGCAAGGACGAAGUGAGGCUGCCAUUGCUUGGAUCGGUUCCAUCCAGCUGUGGGGCAACUUUGGUUUCGGCUUGCCCGCCGGUAUCCUCCUUGACCGCUACGGCCCAAAGGUGAGUGCGCGCGCGGCAACAGCCAGCAGGUGCGCCCAUGAAAUGCCGCUGACGUUUCGUCUGCUCGCUUGUUCCAGGUCCCCAUGCUCCUCGGCACUGCGCUCAUCGUGCUCGGCACCAUGACCACUUCGGCUUGCCAGGAUCAGCAGUACUAUCAAUUCUUCCUCUCGCAGGGCUUGUGCUCCGCCUUUGGCUAUGGCUUGGUGUUCAAUCCUGCACUCAGUGUGCCCAAUCAGUGGUUCCUGAAAAAGAGAGGUCUCGUCGGCGGCCUGGUGGUGGGCGGAACUUCAUUCGGUGGUGCACUCUGGCCAGUGAUGCUGAACCGCAUGCUUAAUUUUGAUGGCGUCAGCUUCGGCUGGACGCUGCGAGCCUGCGCCUUCAUCCAGCUCGCCUUGCUUCUCACCGCCACCAUGCUCAUCAAGACUCGCUUCCCGCGCAAGAUGAUCAACGGUCCGCCUCCCCUCAAGGAAAUGUUCACCAGUCUGCGCUUCAACACCUUCACCUUUGCUGAGCUGGUCGGCUUCUUUGGUCUUUAUUCGCCCUACAUCUUCAUCUCCGCCUACGGUGUUCACCGAGGAGCCUCGCUUUCCACCUCAUUCUACCUCUCCUCGGUUCUCAACGCUACCUCGUUCUUUGGUCGUCUGCUCGUCGGUCUCGGCUCUGACAAGCUCGGCACUUUCAACACCAUCACCAUCAGCACGGCCAUCACUGCUCUCAUCGCGUGGACCUGGCCCGCAGCAACCAACAACGCUGGCAACUUUGUCUGGGGCGCAUUCUACGGCUUUUGGGCUGGCGCAGUCGUCAGUCUUUUGGCGCCGUGCGUUGCGCGCAUCGCUUCCAGCCCACGUGUCAUUGGCCAGUACGUCGGCGUCAAUACCACCAUUGCCGCGCUCGGCGUGCUUGCUGCAGAACCGGUCGCUGGGCGUCUCAUCAGCAACAACAGGGGUGACUUUGAUGCCGCGCAAUUCUUCAUCGCCGCCAUGAUCACCGCCUGCGCCAUCCUCUUUGCCUGCGCACGUCUCACCAUGUCGCGCGACCUGAAAGUGUAG